AUGGAAUAUUAUGUCGUCAAUAAUUUUCAAAUGAAAGAAAAAUAUUGUGGAACACAUCGAGUAUCUUUUCUUUCGACAUCCACGAUUAUGACUACUAGUCAAAUAGCAAUCAAUUUAACAAGUGCAGAAAUCAAAUAUAAAUGUAAUUCAUCAUCAAUAUCACUUGAUGAACAAUAUGAAAAUAUAUUAAAUUCAAUUCGCUCAAUGAAAGCAUAUAAGAGAAUAUUGCGUUUCUACAGUCAACAUUUAUCUUAG